AUGAGGAACGCAAAGCAACCGCAGAAUUCAACGUCGCGUCCUGCAACCACCAAGACGUUUUUCAAAAAGCAUAUGAGUGAAGAUGAAAUUCGUGAAGGUCUUGCGAACGGAACACUCCUGAAGGGCCAGAUACGGAUAAAUCAAAAAAAAUUCGAGGAAGCCUUCAUCGAUAAUCCGAAUGGUAGCGAAUUCCCGGAUAUUGCUGUUUUGGGCAUGCCUGACCGAAAUCGCGCUUUACAGGGCGAUGUGGUGGCAAUUCGUAUAAAACCCCGUUGUAAUUGGGUUGUUAACGAAGACGCUUAUAAAAAUUGGAAAAAAGAUACCGGUAGCAAACAGUCUGGAUCUGUUGCUGAUGAGUCCGGAGGUGACAAUACCGUGGUGGAAGUCGUAGAGGAACUGAUUGAGACUACGGCAUCACUGGAAAGUGCCGUUGCAGGACCAGAAAAGGAAGUUCCUGAUCAAAGAGGAAUCCAUGGAAUUGUGCCGGACACUACAGAAAUGGAAGUUGUUCUCAAAGAUGAGUGUUGUGUUGAGAUUCAGGUAGAUGAGGUACUACUAUCGACCGAAGCAUUGGAUGAAGUGGAGUCUUGCCAACCGUCAGAUUUAAUUGAGGUGGUUGCUGAAGAUGGUGAAGCUAUAACAUUGGUUGAAGCAGAAAAACUCAAUAUGAAGCCGGCGAAAAAGAAGUCCUACCGUAUCUUAUCCGAUUUACCCCUGGAAGAAUGGUGUCUACCUGAUGAUUGUUUGCAAAAAACGGCAGAGGUAGUUGGAAUAGUGGAACAGAAGAAUUCUCGUCUUGCUAUGGGUCGGUUAGAGCCAGCACUUGGCUCGCAACGAAGAUGGGCAAAGUUUUCCCCGUCGGAUUCCAGACUACCGCGCAUGAUGAUUGAUGCUGCUCAGCUCCCGAAAGAUUUUUUCGAGAGGCCACAGGAUUUCAACAAAUUCUUGUUCCUUGCAAAGAUAGUGGAAUGGACUGAUAAUUCAGUCAUGGCUCGUGGUAGCUUAGAAAAGGAACUAGGAUUGGCUGGUGAUAUUGAUGCAGAAACUGAAGGUCUACUCAUAACGAACAAUGUCGAUACACGCGAAUUUUCCGAAGAGGUCAUAGAGUGUCUACCAAAGGUGCCUGAUGGUGGAUGGAAAAUAGAUGAUGCAGAACUUGCUAAACGUCGUGAUUUACGAGAUGAAAUUAUAUUCACAAUUGAUCCGAAAACUGCAAGAGAUCUCGACGAUGCGCUUUCAAUUAGCCCUUGUGAUGAUGUUGACGGCUGCGGUACUCCAGGGUGGGAGGUGAGUUGGAGUUUAGAACACGUCCAUACUUCAGAUAUGAGGAUAAUCCACGAUUUCGGGAAUUACGCGAAUUCGGAGGGUCGAUCGGCUGCGAAGUAA